CCUUCUUAUGAGCUGUCAGCUAGCCGGGUUGGUUGAUCAAAUCAGACGCCAUAUUUGAUAAGAACGCGAUUGAAACGUUGAAGCGUUACCUAAGAAUUCACAAAAAUAACGCUAAGUUACUCUCAAUUUGUGCAUAAAAUAAAUCAAAAUGUCUGGCGGAAGCAGCAGCAAUAGAAAUGAGUGCAGAAUAUACGUCGGCAAUCUUCCUCCCGACAUAAGGACAAAGGACAUUCAAGAUCUAUUUUACAAGUUCGGCAAAGUUACAUUCGUGGAUUUGAAAAACAGAAAAGGACCACCAUUCGCUUUUGUAGAAUUUGAAGAUCCCAGAGAUGCAGAUGACGCAGUCCGUGCUCGUGAUGGCUAUGAUUAUGAUGGAUACCGCCUACGCGUAGAGUUCCCACGCGGCGGAGGGGGCGGUGGUGGCCGGGGAGGCCGUGGAGGCCCUGAGCGCUUCGGAGCACGCACCGCAACAAGAGGCCCACCCGCCCGCCGUUCUGAACAUCGCGUACUUGUCACUGGACUGCCCCCUUCAGGAUCCUGGCAGGAUCUAAAGGACCACAUGAGAGAAGCUGGUGAUGUCUGUUUUGCUGACACCUUUAAAGAUGGCACCGGUGUGGUUGAGUUCUUGCGCCAUGAAGACAUGAAAUAUGCUGUCAAGAAGCUGGAUGAUUCUAGAUUCAGGAGUCAUGAGGGCGAGGUAUCAUAUAUCCGCGUCAAGGAGGACUACGGUGGUGGCGGCGGCGGUGGCGCUGACCGUUACAGUGGGGACCGAGACAGGUCCCGGUCGUACUCCCCGCGGCGGCGCGGGUCGCCGACGUACUCGCCGGUGCGGCGCAGCUACUCGCGCUCCCGCAGCCGCUCGCGCUCGCACAACUACUGAGACAGGUCGGUACACCACACCACUGCCCUCAUCCCAGCCAUGUAUUACGUACAUCAACUGUAACGCGAAUACAACAAUAACCCAUCAUUCGCAAUGGGAAUACAUUCUGUAGUCACAUAAUUGUGCAUUUAUAAUAUCGAGGGAGCCAUUAGUUGAAGCUAAUAGCUUUGCACAAAGUAUUCACCAUUUUUUGGUUUUAGAUAUAAAAACGUAACAACUAAUUAAAUAUAUUACACAAACAAAUAUAAAUAAUAAUAUAUUAUUCUGAUUAUGCUAUUACCUUACAUAAAUUUUGUGGUGUAAAGUCAUUGCUCAAUUAGUCAUAAAUUACUACAUCUAACAAAUAUUACAAAUUGUAGUUAACUUACGGCUUGUUGUUUACGAUAUUAGAUUAUAAAUCAACAUAUAUUUUUAAUCAAAAACAUGUUUUUGUAAUUGUUAUUCUGAAUUUGAAAUAUAUUUUGGAAAUAUUGUCACGCAAGCCACAGCUAUAUUUACAGUAAUGGAAGGAUUCACUGGAUAUAGCAGUUGUCAGCUUGUUGAAAAUAACACUGGACUACUCAGGACUUUUGCAAAUAAUUGAAAAUAUCUCUGGACUUGAGGAUUUGGAUUGUUACUUAAGGAUUUGGAUUUCAUGUGGAUUCAUCAAGGUUUGCGGGACAGACAUACUUGGCAAUGGUAUCAUUGAGACUUAGCUUUAUCAAUAUUCAAUACUCUUUGGUUUGUUUUGCCUUGCGUAACUCGUUUAUUUUGUGCUUAAUAUCAAUAAGUUCUCAAUAUUUUAUAUCUUAGACCGAAAGACUGAUUAUUUUUAUAGAUUAAUAUUUUUUUUAUUUCGUUUAUAUUAUAAUAAUCAUAUAAGUACAGCUAUAUUCACAUUUAUAUCUUGUACUAAUUUUUUUCAAUUCAAAUCAUUAUUUUUGAAUUAAUCUGAAUUCAAUGAAAUCUUUGAAUUUGAUGAGGAAGCAACUGAAUCUCAGCCCUUACUCAUCGUCAUCACUGAGCACAUUAGUAACUACAUGGAACCUUUACUAACGCGACGCCUACUCGCCAGUCUGUGGAACUGGUGGUUGAUGAUAAUGUCACUUGCAUGUGUGAGUGGUUCCAUGUGGUUAGUAGUCGUGCCGUCCCAGGGCAUGUGAACUGAAGGUCUAUAUUUCGACAGCGGACGGAGCGACGGCGCCGGCGCGGCAGCGGACAGCCUCACGUAGAUAUAAGACAUAGAUGUACAUUACACUGCGGGACGACAUCGCUGCUAUACAUACUUUUACAUACAAUAACCUUUUAUGUGAUACAGAGUAGAUAGGAACGAUGCUGGACUGAUUUUAACUUUGAGUUAUUGGUAAUAGACCUUUAAGAACUCUAGAUGAUGCAGUAUACAUAAAUUGAUAAACUAUUAUUUUGUUGACAGCAACCUAAUUCAUGGUUAAAAUUGGAUGGAGAGUUGUUUCUACCUACAUCGUUCCACUGUGACCAUGUAAUGAGAGGUACUCGGAUGUCGUCGUAGUAGUGUCUAAAAUUGGAAGUAAAUAUAAUAUUGGGAUUGAAGGUGCACGAGCUGUGUCGUCCGGCGCACGUCCACGUCGCCGUCUGCGUCCCGCGCCCAUCGCCCGGGCGGGGCGCAGCUCGCGACGCGGACGACCCUCGAUUACAUUUACAAGAUGACUGUUUAUAAUUAAAAGCAUUUUCUUUUGUUUCAUCCUCUAAUGGAAAUCAUUGGAUGUGCUUGGCUGGAGGUGUGAGUCAGGAUGCCGUAGAGGCCUCGCGUGUAGGAUCGGAUCGGAUCGGACCGCACCGGCGGAUCUCUGGCGGACAUUUGAAUAUUUGUCGCGUGGAUGUAUUGUUCCUUUUGGAUCUUGGAUUUGAUCGUCGGCGCGGCCGGCACUUCGCACCUUCCGCGCUGGACAGGAUCAGGACCUUUGGGUAUGACAUUCAAAUUAAUUGCAAAAUAACUUAUGUUGAGUGCACGCUCGGUACAGAGUAUUAAUGUUUGUUUGGAUAUCCUUAACUCACACUUUAUUUGCUUCUCGAUGUCUGCCGUUUAUUUCCUAGACGUAGGACUUCGGUUCAAUGACGAUUAUGAGAGAUAUUUUCUAUUAGCUUUGCUCAUUAGUGUGUUAGAACCUAACAACUCAGUGUCAUAUAUAAAUAAUUAGCAUGCUUUACGAGCUUUUCAUACAAACCUACCUGCGUGACAGCGAUACGAGACGUGUGUUUGAAUGGAUGACCGCAAUUGAUAGUUUUAACAUUGACAUGUAAUUGAUACAGAUUGUAAUUGUGAGAUGUGAUGUUAGGAACACAAAGUUAAAUCACAAAUGUAUUGUAAAGUGUGCGUCGCGGACGCUCGAUAUAUCAUAGAUAUAAUGUGUGGACAUACAUAUUGUAAUAUAGGAACUGGAUCAGCAUUCCAAAGACCAACGCACUUUGAUGGACUUAAUAAAUUCCUUACAAAAGAA